UGUGGCAUCAAGUAAAAGAACGAGGUAGGUAUAACCUUCAUCAGGUUAGUAAUUGUUCCUUGAAGGUACGAAAAAGUCUGUGGUUUCAAUAAUCAUCAGAAGAGAUUUAAUUAAACCUUCUUAUUCAAAUGAUUUUUACGACCCUCUGUAUUUAGAAGGUAAAAACUAAAACAAACUCCAAAUUCAAAAACCUGACAAUCAUAUGCCAUUGAAUUGCUUUUGUUUUUUGUCGUGACUGAACGCUUGCGACCUGUGUUUGGUGAAUUUUGCGGAAUAAUAUAAGUAAAAUUCUAGAUAUAGUGUUAUAAUGUUUUUCGUUAAUAUCUAAGCUAAAAUUUUGCUGUAAGUGAAAUUUGUAACUAUUUCAAAGGGGCGCCUUGUGGACGCGGUCCUUUAAAGCCGGUUAAUGUCUUCGAAAGAUUAUUUCUCCGUUACAAUUUAUUAUAAGAAUUUUCGAAGAAAACAUAAUCUCUUUCGUCUGUGUAAUAUAAUAUCGGAGUGUACAAAAAAGCCUGUUUGAACAUUUUUUGUUCACAAAUAGACAACGAACCAUAGACUACACCGUAGUGGAAGGGAAGUGUAGAAGUUACGUCUGUCAAACAAUCUUUUCUUUUGCGACUCAGCCAAGAUGGGUAUCAGUCGUGAUCAUUGGCAUAAACGGAGAGCUACGGGCGGCAAACGUGCGCCCAUCCGUAAGAAGAGGAAGUAUGAGUUAGGUCGCCCGGCUGCCAACACCAAGCUUGGCCCCCAGCGCAUUCACUUGGUGCGCUCCCGCGGUGGUAACACGAAGUAUCGUGCUUUGCGUUUAGAUACUGGCAAUUUCUCAUGGGGAUCAGAAUGCUCCACCCGCAAAUCCCGUAUCAUUGAUGUGGUAUACAAUGCUUCCAACAAUGAGUUGGUGCGUACCAAGACUUUGGUGAAGAAUGCCAUUGUUGUAGUGGAUGCUACGCCCUUCAGACAGUGGUAUGAGUCCCAUUAUCUGCUCCCACUUGGAAGGAAGAAGGGUGCAAAACUGACUGAGGCAGAAGAUGCAAUCAUCAACAAGAAACGCAGCCAGAAGACCGCCAAGAAGUAUUUGGCAAGACAGCGCCUCUCAAAAGUUGAAAGUGCAUUGGAGGAGCAGUUCCAUACUGGACGCUUGUUGGCGUGUGUUGCGAGUCGGCCUGGCCAGUGCGGUCGCGCUGAUGGCUACAUUCUAGAAGGCAAGGAGCUUGAGUUCUACUUAAGAAAGAUCAAAUCCAAGAGAGCGAAGUGAGAAGUGUAAUGUAUAAAUAAAAACAAAAAUAUAAUAUAGUGUUUAAUUUGUUUGUCCUUUUUCAAAUUAUGAAUAUGUCCAGUUAAAUUAGUG